CCCUGACCAAUACAUCUCAUAAUCCACCCACCAUCUUUUGCCGACGAACACCUCUUUGCUUUGCUUUUUUGCUUCCUUUUUGCUUGCCCAAUUCUUACUACCACUUCUUCAACGACCAAGUGAGACAAGAGCUAUAGCAAAAAAAUUAAAACGGAUCAUCUUGCAAAAAGGCGAAAUAUUUUGUCGUUCUGCUAUUUACGUGUUCGGCAAUGGCCUCUUCCAAGGAAAUGCAAACAUCAACGAGGCCAUUGACCCAACACCGUCAAUCUAUCUCUUCGGGCUCUGCGUCUUCCUUGGGCGCUACGAGACCAUUGUCCCAUUCGCGCAACAACUCCCACAAUUACUCCGCUUUGUCCGGCGCUCUCAAUGCCACCCACCGCGUAACACGUCGAAAGAGUAUGACCAACACUGCUGCCAACGUCGCUGCCGUCGCAGCUGCUCUCGAAGAGGCUGGUGAUAAGGUCGGCCCUUUACCCAUUGGCGUUAGUUCUCGUCGGGGCACCAUGUCUAAACCCGCCGCCGCUCGAUCUGCCAUCGUGGGCAGCUUACCCUCACCUCCCGCGAGCUUGCCGACACACAGAUUCUCUCUAGGUAUGAAGCCCGAAGGUGCGGAGAACGCGAUCGACGACGAUUCGAACGAUAUGUCGGCGGAUGAGGAGGGGGACGCGGGGCUCCACAAAGCUCGCAUUAGGCGAGCUAGUGACGGCCAACCCCUAACAAAGGAGGGUAGGAAGAUCAACCGAAUUGAACUGCGCUGCGAUAAGUGUGGUAAAGGAUACAAGCAUAGCAGCUGCUUGACCAAGCAUUUGUGGGAACAUACCCCCGAGUGGUCCCUCACGUCCAAGCUGCUUAUAUCCAAGCACCAACAAGUUCAACUGCUCGAGGCGGCCUCGGUUCUCGUCGCGAUGAAUACCAACGAUGCAACAACACCUCCAGACUCCGCCAAAGAUUUCGCCAGCGAUCCUGAAUCAGCAUCACCUACUGCUUCGGGAUAUUCAGAAUUACAUGACGAUCGUAGCUCGGCCGACACAACACCGCCGCCGCACCCGGAGGCUCUCGGUAUGACUAACACCCUAGCUUAUCGAUCAGCACCCAAGAGGAAUAGCAGUGGAAGUGGAUAUUCGCGAUCUUUCCAAUCGGCCGUGUCAGGGUCAUUCUUCCCAGGCAGCAUCCCGAAUGGAAAUGGAUUUGGCCAUAUGCGACACGCAAGCUCGGAUCGUCGCCCUCCUUCAUCGGGUAUGAACAGCACCGGUCAGGAUGAUCGUGAUCUCGCAGCCGCCGUGGAGUUACUCAGCUGUAGUUUUGGAAGUAACCCAGGUUCCCGAGAUACCAGGUUACCUGAGGACGCACCCCCUGUACCGCCACUACCAGCACAAUACCUUGAUCAUGCAGCAUUCGCCAGCACAAGCUUCAUAAAUAGUUUCCCCUCGGGACAAAUGCCGGAAAGCUUCACUCGAGGUGAACUUCGACAUAACGAAGAUGUAAAGAUGGAAGAUAGCGAAAGUAGCGUCAUGGACGAUGACGAAGGCGAAAGACGCUCGAGAGCGCGAAGCAGCGAGGAAGACGACGAUAUGAUGUUUGGCCGUAUGGAGGAUUAAACAUAGGAUCGCUCACUUUCGACGAGACGAGACGACAUGAAACGAACGAACCAUGGAUAGCUAUUGUUUUUCUUUUGUUACCAACCACACCGUAUAUCAAAUUCUGUAAACGAGGUACGAGGUGGUUCGCUCCGCCACCGCAUUCUCAGCACCGAAGAAUGGAGGGCUCCAGAUAGGGGAAACUCCGGGGGGCACUCUCCAAGAGGUUAAAGUGAGGAUCGGAGGGAGCGUCGAGCGAACACCCAACCCAUCAACAAAUCGAACUUUCUA